AUGUAUGGUUCAAUCAACAGGGUGAUCCCAAGCCGCGAAGAGGAUAGAUUAAUAUGGACUGGUGAUGUCUCAGGUCUAUUUUCUGUGAAAGGGGUGUUGAAUCUAGCGGAAUCUAAGGUCUACGCAAUUCCAACAUGGUCUAUUCCAACCAGAGUGCGUAAAAUUGCCCCUGCAAAAGUUAUCCAGUUCUUUUGGCAACUAAUAAAGAACAGAAUAGCAACUCGUGCUAAUCUGAUGGUUCGCAGGGUGCAGAUUGAGAAUGCAGGAAGGUGUGUUUUUUGUGGACUUGAACCUGAAACCACGAGUCACCUCAUGCCGUUCUGUCCCAUGUCCUGGAAACUUCUAAACUUGGUGAUGUCUCGAGAAGGCAUUACCUGGUGCUGCCCGAAUGGUAUACCAAAUUUAAUGCUGGAAUGGAUGGACUUAAGACAUAAAUCUGAUAAUCUCUUAUGGGAGAUGACCCCAUUCUCCAUUUUCUGGUCAAUUUGGCUGGAAAGAAAUCAGGUAAUUUUCAAUAACCAUCCUGCAUCUCCUGAAUCUAUUUGGGAUCUACAUAUUUCCCGUAUUUCUGCCUGGGUUCAUGGAUGGUGGAAAGAAUGCCCUUAUUCCUCAUACGAUUUCUCACAUCACUUUGAUGCUAUAAGGCUCAAACCUCAAACACCCAAUCUCCGUUCUAGUGUUUGGAACGCUCCCGAUCGGGGCUUUUUCAAAGCCAAUGUUGACGGCUCCUCGAUGGGAAACCCAGGCCCGACAGAAGUGAUUGCAAUCCUAGAGGUUCUGCAAUUCUGCAAGGAACAUGGCAUUAGAAACCUAGUGAUUGAAAGUGACUCUACACUUGUAGUUAGUUGGGUAAACAAUAGCUCUAACAGACCUUGGAAAUUGCGUAACGAACUGAAUCUGAUUGAUAAUCUCUGUGAGGAACUUGCAGUGGUGGCUGUGGAUCACAUCUUUAGAGAAGCAAAUCCCAUUGCAGACCAUUUGUCCAAAUCUGGUGUUGAACGCCUUGUUCCUCUUAACGUUUUCUUUGGCUUUACCAGUCCUUGA